AUGAGAAUUGGGCAUGGCGCGAGCAGGGAGGAGAUCGAUGCUGCCGCGGCGGUGUCCAGUUUCGCGGAUCUCGCGAAGGGCUGUGCUGCGAGGAGGGAUUUGGGCGAGGCGCGGAGGAUCUGCGCUGCGAUUGUGGAGAGCGGGCUUGGGAGCGAUGGGUAUCUCGCGAAUUUGCUCGUCCAGAUGUUUGGGGGAUGUGGGGAUGUGGGCGCUGCUAGGGAGGUGUUUGAUCGGAUGGAGCGGCGGGAUGUUUUCUCGUGGAAUCUCAUGAUCCAGGCGUACGCGAGGAAUGGGUUUCUCCAGGAGGCAAAGGCGGUGUUUGAGGAGAUGCCGUGCAGAGAUCUCGUCUCGUGGAAUUGCUUGAUUGCGGCAUUUGCCCAAAGCGGGCAUUUGGACGAAGCUUAUGGGCUAUACAUUGAAAUGCCAGACACGAAUCUAAUCACAGCAAACACUAUGAUCGCAAUGUUUGUGCACAAUAGCGAUUUCACAUCUGCUAAGAUUGUUUUUGAUCGAAUGCCACACAGAGAUUUGGCAUCGUGGAACUCCAUGUUCCAAGCAUUUGCCCAAGAAGGGCAUCUUUAUCAGGCAAAAUCAGUGUUUGAUUCUAUGCCGGAACGCAAUGUGGUCUCCUGGACAGCCAUGAUUCUCGUGUUUGGCCUGAUGGGGAAUAUUUCAGAUGCCGUGAGAACAUUCUCUCAAAUGCCCACCAGGAACAUUGUGUCAUGGACUUCGCUCUUCCAGGCUUACAUCCUCAAUGGGCAUUUGGACGCGGCAAAGUCUACGUUUGAUCAAAUGCCGGAGUGGGAUCUCGUCUCCUACACGUACAUGAUCGAAGCUUUCGCAUCGAGCGGGAAUCUGGAGCUCGCCAGAGGCCUGUUCGAUCGAAUUCCCGAGCAGAACAUCGUUACUUUGGGAGGAAUCCUCAAAGCUUACGUUGAGAGCGGGCAUUUGGAGGAGGCCAAGGUUUUGUUCCAAGGAAUGCCUGUGAAAAACAUCGUGUGUUGCAAUGCGAUGAUCGCGGCACUGGGUCAGACCGGGGAUCUGCUCCAAGCUCGCGCGAUCUUUGACGCUAUGAUCCAGAGGGACAUCGUGUCUUGGAACUCGAUGCUUGAGGCCUGUGGAUCGAAUGGCGAUCUGGAUCAAGUCAUGGAGCUGCUAUCUCGAAUGCCCAAGUGUGAUCUUGUCAGCUGGAACACUUUGAUCGCAGCCCAUGUCGAGAGAGGCCUCUUGAUCGAGGCAAGGAAGUUCUUUGACGAGAUGCCGAUGAAGAACCUUGUGUGUUGGAACACUCUUCUCUCGGGGUACAUUGCCAGGAACCUUGAAGAGGUGAAGUUUACGUUUGAUAGCAUGAAAGAAUGGAAUGUAAUCUCGUGGACAACCAUGGUGGCAGCGUUUAACCUCCAUGGUUACGUUAACGAGGCAAAGCUGGUAUUCACCCAAAUGCCCGAGAGAGAUAUAGUGGCCUGGAAUUCUAUGGUUGCAGGAUAUGCCAUGAAUGGGAAUCUCUCAGAUGCCAUAAGAACAUCCAACGCAAUGCCCGAGAGAGAUCUAGAUUCUUGGAACGCAAGAACUGUUCUAUACUUUCAAUCUGAUGGCAAUCAAGAGAGCGUUCUCGAGCAAUUCCACUUGAUGAAAAUCCAUGGUUCUCGUAUAGACAAGACGAGUUUCAUCAAUGUUCUCACGGCUUGUAGCCACCAUGGGGACGUGACUGCUGGAUCAUCAAAUCUUCUAUCAAUGAGCUAUGAUCACGGCAUUUCUCCCAUUAGAGAGCACUACUGCUGCAUGAUUGACACCUUGGGACGAGCAGGCAAGCUUAGAGACGCUAGAGAUUUGAUCGAAAAGAUGCCCUUUGAGCCAAGCUUAAUCGCGUGGACAACACUAUUCGCUGGCUGUAAGAGUUUAUAA